CAGAGGAGAGAGUUUCUGGAAUAAAUGGCAGAGAGAAACCACACCACGGUGACAGAGUUCAUUUUCGUUGGAUUCACAGAUCAUCCAGAUCUACAGAUCCCCCUCUUUAUGUUGUUCCUAGUGAUGUAUGUGGUCAGCCUGAUGGGGAAUCUUGGGAUGAUAGCGUUAAUCAUGGUUGAAACCCGACAUCAUACCCCCAUGUACUUUUUCCUAAGCCAGAUGUCCAUUGUAGAUAUUGGAUAUUCCACAGCCAUAGCUCCCAGGCUGCUCAUGACCUUGGUAGCAGAGACGAGAGCCAUUCCUUUCAUUGAGUGUGCAGCACAACUAUUCUUCAUCUGUUUCUUUGUGACCAGUGAAUGUUGGCUCCUGGCUGUGAUUGCGUAUGACCGCUUCAAAGCUAUCUGUAAUCCACUGCUCUACAGAACCAUUAUGUCCAAGAGACAUUGUGUCCUGUUGGUGGCUGGCACAUAUGUCUGUGGCUCUGCGAAUUCAAUUGUGCAAACUCUAUUUAUAUUCAGUCUGUCCUUCUGCAGCUCCAGUGUUGUCAACCAUUUCUUCUGUGACGUGCCCCUCAUGCUGAAGCUGUCCUGCUCCAACACCCAGGUCACUGACCUUGUACUUUUCACUUUCUCGACUGUAAUUGUCACGACUGCUUUCCUGGAUGUCCUAAUCUCCUACAUGUGCAUCCUCAUGGCCAUUCUCAGGAUCCAUUCUGCCAAGGGGAGACGCAAAACCUUUUCAACCUGUGCCUCCCACCUGAUAGUCGUCACUAUAUUUUAUAGUGCAAAAGCUAAAAAACUCCCCCCCCCAAAUUAAAAACUCAAGUACAGAAUUUAAAAACUAAAUGUAAUGCAAACAAAUGCCUCCCUACCCAAACUAUAUUGUUAACCCUUUCAGCUCUUUCAUAUCCCCAAUUAGUUAAAGUUAAAUGCAAAAAAAAAGCGGGGGGGGGGGCAUGGGGGAAGGGUUAAUUUAAAAAUUCAGUUUGGCCUAAAAAUAAAAAAAAGCUGCCCUGCAUUCAAAAAUCAAACAGAGACCAAGCCAAGCACAAAAAACUGCUUUCAGCCCCAGCUGGCUGUAAAAAAAAAUAUAAACACACAUAAAACAAAAGCAAAUAAGUUGCAAAACUAAAAUUACAUUUGCAAAGAUUGGCCGCCCGGUAAAACCCAACAGUCUGCCUUUACAACCCUAAAGCCAGUAUGGUUUGAAAAUGCUAAAAAGUCCACAAACAGCCAGCCUAAACUAAAAUACCAAGCAAAGAUCUCUAAAAGGAAUGCCCCAAAAAACCCAGGGCAUAAAAAUCCCUCCCAAAAGGAAAAGCAAGUUACAAAAUUUUGCAACGUACCUCUAAACAAUCUAUACACAAAACAACCUACCAUCCACCUCUCUCUCUUUCUCCUACCCCUGGGGCUGGCCAGCCCGGGCAGCAUGUGCACACGUAUAAAAGUGGGUCAGGGUUUAAGUAUUACCAUUUUUUCUUCCUUUAAGUAACGUAAAAGCAGUUCCCACGCUCACAACUGUGUUAUUUUAUUAUUAAAGAUUUAAAAUUCAGUCACGUGGUGUGUGCUCUUCAUCUCCGCCCCUGCGAUCCUGUGGUCUUAGCCUAAUUAACUAAGGCACAAGCAAAUUGGUCACAAAAAAUCUGAGACAGUUUAAGAAAAAAUUGCAAAGGGAAAAAGCCCUGAACAGUGCACACCAUCUAUCUGUUUUAUCCUUGUUAUUUCACGUUUGCUUUGUUUGGCACUGUUGGUAUUAUAGGUUAAAAGUUGCAUAAUUAAAAAUAAGCCCCACUCUCCGUUGUAGUAUGCCUAAAAACCAAAAAACGGUUUAGCAUUCCUCUCUCCACCCCAGGCUGCAAACAAAGGGUGCAGGUGGGAAUGCCCCAAGUCAUAGCAAAACUAAGCAAUAAAAAAAAAAAAAAAAAAAAAAAUAUGUGUACCCAACAGCUCAAAAAAAUGAAGCAACUAAAAGCAUAAAUCACUAUCGAAGCAGCAACUCAAACUUCCACCCAAAACACGUUGCAAGCCUUAAAACAAAACUUCCAGGCAAAAAAAGCGGAACGUACCCGCCUGAAAGCCCUGGCUAAGCAAGUACCAGCCCUUCAGGAACAUGUGAAAAUUUAACCAUGUGCGCUCAGCAUAUGCCUCAAUGGCCGUGUGUCUGCCAUAAAAAACAUGAAACAGUGACAACGCCAAUUGUCCAUGCGUUCUGCCCAGGUGGCCAGCCUCACACGCCACCACUCGUGUAGCCAUUAGAAAUAAAAAUGUUUCCAAAAAAAUAACCCAAAGGGGUGGGGGCCAGUUAAAAAGCCCACCCUCCUUGCUAAAGUGCUAGUAAAACAAGGCUUGUGCCCAUAAAAAGGAACGGUUCAGCAAAAAAAGCAAAAUCGGGCCCAAGCAAGCAACACAAAAUUGUUUUUAAAAAAGUUAAAAACUUUAAAAGCAUAGCUAAUUACAUUCAUCAAAAAUUUAAAUCCCUAAAACAAUAAUUAAAAUUGUAAAAUCUAAGUUAAUUGUCAUUUUAAACAAUAAGUAAUUUUAAAAAACUAAAGUUAACUCUAUAAUUGCUAAAAAAAUUAAGCAGUUAAAUUUUACAAAAUGCUAAAAAAAAAAAGAAAUUCUUGGUUUCUUU